GAAAGGAGUGCACGAAUCCGCGCACCCUAGGCUGGCUCCUUCCCUGUAAUAGUGAGCGUCAGCCAUUCUUAAAAAACACAUUUCGUAGCUUAGUGGACUGGACUGGAAGGGCGAGAGGAGGAGAAACUGAGCGGACAAAUAUGUAAAUAAAAACAGUCGUCCCCCAGCUGAGCGAGACGUUCUUCAUCAGAGUUUUUGGAUCAAUCAGGCAGACAGUGGCUCCUUUUGAUUAAACCCCAAAUUGUAAUUGGGCAGAGGUAAUCAUGUGACAGCCAAUUCGGUCCAAUUUCAACCUUGUCUCCAUGAAUUCAAUAGUUUAAUAGUAGCUCGGUCCCCAUACGGCCGUAAUCAGUGAUAUAGAAAAUACCACCAGGAGAUUUUUUUAAUGAUUUUUUCUUUCUCGUCCUCACUGAGCCGCAACAUUUAUAAAAAUACGCGUGCAAACUUUCCUCGGCUCUCAGGGAGCGGAGAUGAAUUACGAAUUCGAGCGAGAGAGCGGUUUUAUCAAUAGUCAGCCGUCGCUUGCUGAGUGCCUGACAUCUUUCCCCCCUGUCGCUGAUUCAUUUCAAAGUUCAUCAAUCAAGAGCUCGACGCUUUCACGCCCGACACUGAUUCCUCCUCCCUUUGAGCAGACCAUUCCCAGCCUGAAUCCGGGCAGCCAUCCGCGGCACGGCCGGCCCAGACACAGCCCCGACGGAUGCAGCCCGCUGCCCACCGCCUCCUUACCCCCGGAGUACCCCUGGAUGCGGGAGAAGAAAGCCUCCAAAAGGAACCACCUGCCGACCUCCACCGCUACCACCAUCGAUAAUGGACCUGUGUGCUUUUCUCCAAAAGGCUCGCCUGAGAUUGUUGAGAGUGCUGGGGGAGGUGGGGGCUCCCGUCGGCUAAGGACAGCGUACACCAACACACAGCUGCUGGAGCUGGAGAAGGAGUUCCACUUCAACAAGUAUCUGUGCCGGCCAAGGAGAGUGGAAAUAGCGGCCCUGCUGGACCUGACCGAGAGGCAGGUCAAAGUCUGGUUCCAAAACCGGCGCAUGAAGCACAAGCGACAGACCCAGAGCAAGGAGAACCACAACGGGGAAGGGAAAGGGCCGGGCGCCGAGGACUGCAUCCACAGCGACGAGGACGACGAGGGCCCCCUGUACGAGCGGAGCGGGGCCCUGCUGGAGAGAGAUACGUGCUCCUUUCAGAACAACUCUCUCAGCUCCACACAGCAGCUUCACAAUGGCGAGACCAUGAGCUUUGCUGCUGCGCCGCUGAACAGCAAUGACAAAAAUCUGAAACAUUUCCCCAACCCGUCGCCCACUGUUCCGGGCUGCAUGUCAACAAUGGGCCCAGGCUCGGCAUCUGGCCCGGACAAUAGCGACAGUCCCCCGGCCCUGGAUGUUUCUAUACACGAUUUUCAAGCUUUCUCUUCGGAUUCCUGUCUACAGCUCUCAGAUGCAGCCUCGCCGAGCUUGUCAGAGUCUCUGGACAGCCCUGUGGACAUUUCUACGGACAGUUUCUUUUUUUUCUCGGAGUCCCUAACCACAAUCGACUUGCAGCAUCUGAACUAUUAACUGAACUCAAUCACGAUAGCUUUUUUUCGGGACAAUAAAGAUCAGGCUACAAUGGUAUUAACUCUGAUGUUGUUUGUAUAUUCGGCACAUUUAUUCUGUUGAUAUUUGACUUGACGAUUAAUACAAGGUAAGGAUGAAAUGAAAUCACUGAAAUAGCUCUACUCAAACGUGGCUUGUAAUUACCAUAAGGAAUUGAUCUCUUGGAAUGGAAAUUAUGAGUGUAUGUGAAUACGUAUACAAUAUUAGGCCUAUGGAACCUGGUCCUUUUAUUUUUGUAUAGCUUCCAAUGUCUUGGAUAUUUUUGUUAGAAUACAAUUAACUUGGCUACAAUCCCUU